ACACAACUAUCAAGUUAGGUUGGGCGGUUUGGGGUCCUGGUAUUUUUGACAGCCUCUCAGGUGAGACGUUGCUUGUUCUGGAGCGGUUUCACUUUCUCUGAGUUUCCUAACACACUCGCAGUGAGUCUGGGGCUGACAAACACAAAAAACUCUACUUCCAAGCCCAACCAUCACGGUAACAUGAGCAAAAAGAAAAAGGACUGGAGGGUGGAAAAAGAGCGUCUAUUAGCAUUGGGACUUGAAGAAAGGCGUAAAGAGUAUGGAGAAAGGUAUGUUCCGCUGGAGGAAAUUCCGACUUGGAAGCAACAGGAAAAAAGUAAAUAUAAAGAUGACGUGGAGGACUCUUCAGUGCAAACACCUAGUUUGAGUGACAAAGUAUCUCUCUACAAAGGUGACAUCACUGUCCUUGAGAUUGACGCCAUAGUGAAUGCUGCAAAUGCAAGUCUCCUGGGUGGUGGAGGAGUGGAUGGCUGUAUACACAGAGCUGCUGGAUCCUGUCUGUUCGAUGAAUGCCAUACUCUGAAUGGCUGCGGGACUGGUAAAGCCAAGAUUACCUGUGGUUAUGACCUUCCAGCAAAGUAUAUCAUCCAUACGGUGGGUCCCAUAGCGCGAGGCCAUGUUGGAAAGACUCAAAACGAACUUCUAGCAAACUGCUAUGAAAACUCUUUGAAGCUACUUUUGGAGAAUGGCUUGAGAUCUGUGGCUUUUCCUUGCAUUUCUACUGGCAUCUAUGGUUUCCCAAAUGAGCCUGCUGCUGAAAUUGCCCUUGAGACUGUCAGAAACUGGAUUAAGACAAACACUAAUGAGAUUGACCGUGUCAUCUUCUGUGUUUUCCUAGAGAUGGACUAUAAAAUCUACAAGGAAAAACUUUCCAAGUUUUUCUCUCAAGAAAAUAACAUGAAUGAAGAUGCAGCGGAGGGAAUGACUGAGGAGGAAGGUAAAAAAUGCACACCGCCUAACAAGACACCCAAAAAGAAGAAACUUAAGAAAGACGAAGACAUCAAUGAAGAAGAAGACGAUGACAAAACUGAAUCUGCUGACACAGAAAUGGAAAGCCAGAAAGAAGAACCUGACAAACGUGACAACACUGAUGCUGAAAUGGAGAGUCAAAUUUUAGAUGCUGUAGACAACCCAGCUUCAGUGGAACCCAAGAAAGGCAGUGACAUAAAUAGCAAAGAAGCUUCUGAUGUGAACACCAACCAAGAUAAGCCUAGCAAGGGUCAUAAACAUGGAGAUGAUCCAAUGGAGAAUCGUGGAGAGACUGAGGAAAGCAAGACUGAUUCAGAUAAGGAUGAAGUGGGAUCUCAAUUAACAGAGAUGGAAACUGAGGCAGCAGUCUGUCAGAAUAAAGCAAUGAAUGAAACUGUGGUCUCAGAUCCAAACCUAGAUUCCAAAGAGCUGUCCAAAGGCGGUUCCAAACCAGAACAUGAACUAAUGGAGGAUCAGGGUAUAGCUGUUUCAGCUGAUGCUAAACCACCAGUAGAGAAGAUUGAAAACAGUGAGACUGAAGAAGGUUUAGUGGAAAUGAACACUCAGGUUGAGGACUCGCUAGAAACUGAAGCAACUCAACCAGAAAACAAUCAGUCCAAAGAUGUUGCUGGUGAUGUGAAGGAUCCAUGAAAUAAAAAAUAAGGAGACAAACAGCUUCAUUUUGAGAGACAUCAGAUUGUGUGAAGGCACACAUAACAAUAAUAUGUACACAUUGGGGGGGUUAUCAUGGGCUAGGGGAUCAGAAUAUCCAUUAAUUUUUACGUAACUUGAUUUUUUUUAAAUCUCUUUCUUUCUUAAAACUGUAUCAAAUGUUUCUUAGUUGAAUGGUGUACAAUAUUACAUUAUAUGCUUUGCACUGUUUGCGGUUGCCGUGAGCUAUAUUGAGUAUCCUUCGGGUAGAUGAUGAACUCUUGUGUUAAUGGUGCAUCUGAGAAUAUGAAUUCAGCCUUGUACUUUUGCUUGUUUCAUUCUGGGGCAGUGUAUGCCGGUACUCAGCACUUAUACACAUUCUGAACACUUUUUGUAUGGUAGUUCUACUGGUGUGUCAGAUUUGUAGUAAGAACCUGAAUUGUAAUUGUAAUACUCUACAGCAGAAGCGAAAACCUUUUAAAGUGUGUUCUCAUGAGAGCAUAAAUACUUACAGAAAACCAGAUCUACUUUACUGUUGGCAAAUGCAAACCAACAAGUUACUACUUCAGCGAAUGGUGAACCUUUUCAGGGAUGACUGUGUGCUGAAUAUAGAGCUUUGAGGUCCCUCCUGCUUCUAAAAGAAUAAGGACACAUACACUAAUUUAUGUGAAGUUGUCACUUCUUUGAACAACCAUCAUUUUAAGAUGUGGCACAGUGUUGCUUCUGCUUACUGACUGAUAUGAUAGUACCCUGAAUACAUUUAGGCAAGGAAAGUGUCUCAAACAACAUGACAUAUUACAUUAAAAAAAUGUUUUCAAAAGAUGCUUAAGUGCAUUGAUUAGUUUACUACUUGUCAAUUGCAAAGUCUUUUAACACAUGAAAUGCUAAUUAUUUUGUGAGCUAAUGCUGUUCUGAUUUGUACAUUUGGUUAAAGCCAAAUUAUUCUUUACAAAUAUUUCCGGUGCAUGGCUGCUUUGCUUUUGAUUAUAUUCAGUUAGCAUAAUAGGUUUGAUUAUACAUUGUCUUAGGGAAAUAGAUUUUGUUCUUAUGUGUCAUGGAUUUGCCUUAUCAGACAUUUACUACUGGGACACACAAAAAAAAAAAAAAAAAAAAACAUGGAGAAGAUGAUUUGAUGUAAGAGUCAAAUACUUGUAGUCUGUUGCUUGCAAAUGACUUAUAAUUAAUAGUAACUAAUGUGAUGGCUGAUAAACGCCUUUAUGUUGUUUAAGUUGUGACAAAGAAACAAACAAAAAAUUCUUAAUAAAUGGGUUUUUUUUCUGUGCCAUACAUCAAACAUUUAUGCCUUCAUACUAUGAUGUUUGUUAAAAAUGAACAAAAUAAAAGUCAAAGAAGUUGAUUCAUGCCUGAAUACCUGUUAUUCUGUAUAAUGUUAAUUAUUAAAUGUUAUGAGAACUUA